AUGAUUGCCCUAAAAUGGCAAGGUGCUUGCUCGUUGAUUGGAAAGAGGCGAAACCAAACAUCGAACAAAAGUUUUAGAGAUUGUUGUGCGAAUUAUCGGCUAAACUUUUUUCAAGACAUGAGACAUCGUGAAUCAAAAAUUCCAUGUAUUGUAGAACGAUGCGGCAACCAUUUCCGGUUUGAUUACGACCCGAAUAGCAUAGCUUAUAUCUUGACUCACAUGACAAGUCUUUUAACAGACUUGUGA